AUGUUUGCUGAAGUGUUGUUCCGUUUGGCGAAAGACGUUCAAACGAUCGAUGCGGAUGUCAAGGAAUUGGCAGCUGCUGAUGAAGCGAUUCGGCGGACGGAAAAAAUGGGAUUGAAGGUAUCGAAGUGCGAAGGAUUCCAUUCAAAGCUCACGGUAUCUGUCAGUCGUGUCUGGAUUUUACGAAUUCUUGAAUGGCAGGUCAAAAUAGAUGCGGCCGUGCAGCGACAAAUGACAAAAUUAGAUGAAAAGAGCGUUGACCUGAACGGGAUCAUAAGGACUGUAAUGUGCAUGAGUUCCGGGGCACCGACGACUCACACUUUCGAAGAGGACUCACUUCUCGUUUCUUCGUACUGCUCAGAGGUUCCGAUUCCGAGUUUCAAUCAAAUGUCUGUAUAUUUCAGCUGAAAUCAUUUCUUCUCUCCGAUCGCACAGGCCAAUGUCCGUCGAUUACACUUCCAGUCGAGCAGGCCGUUCGACGAAUGUCAAACAGUCCCGUGCUCACUUGAUUGAUUUUCAAAUAAAUUGAAUUUUAUACGUUCUACAAACUCAUGUUUCUGUUGUUCUCAGCUCUUCCUACUUCUGCUUAUCGAUAGUUUUGGUUUUCGGUCACAUUCCCUUUGAAUUUCAGAUGUCGGAACCACCUUGCCACGUUCCAAGCCUGGAAUUUGUUAAAAAGAUGUGUAAAUUCAAGGAGAGAAACGACUGGCCUCCCACAAUGUAAGUCACAAAUUGCUUUGGAAUGAAAAAUAACUAUUUUUUUCAGUAGCGGCGAAGUCGAUUAUUACCGUUCCAAUUAUCACAAUCAGUACUUCCCGUACAAUGGCAAAAUCUGCCGUGCAAUGUUCGCCGACAAACACGUCAUGUUCAUCGGAGACUCAUGUGCGUUUACCUUUGCAUCUCACUUCAAUGCUUUUGCGUUUCAGUGGUACGAGCCAUGUACAAGGAUAUGGUUAGCCUGCUGAGAACCGGCGAACUGUGUUCACCUCGAGACCUAAGAGUUACCAACGAAGACUGCUUUCAAGGAGACAAACAAGUGAAGCGAAGCGACACGUUCAUGGUACUAAUAUCCGUAUUGUUUUCAGAUUGAUAAUCUCGAGCUGGAGGCCAACCGAGUCUUUCGUCAAGCGCGAGAAUUUCAAUCGAACCGUCAUCUUGUUCAGUACUUUUUCACAAAUCGAGCGAUGCGAGAGGACCUUGAGAAGCUGUGCCUGAUGUUGGAAGCGUCGGACGAGAAGCCGGACGUCGUUGUCGUGAACUCGGCCAUUUGGGACAUCUCCCGAUUCCCAGCCAGGCAUUCAACUCGUCGUUCUGAGGACCUCAAUAAAGAACUGUUUGAGGAAAUCAACGUCGCCGAAGAGUAUUUCAACAGAAUCGCAAUGUUGUGCCGUCGAAUGAGACUACUCCUUCCGCCCACUUCCACGGUUUGUUCUCCGCUUUAUUCCCCUGCUUAUAAAUUCAUUUCAAGGUCGUUUGGCUCCUGAUGCCACCGAACGGAACUCCGGAAAUCAACCGUGGAUUCUGCUCGUACAAUAAGCUGACUUUCGACGAAAUCAGAACUAGGCUAUUGGAUGCAAACGUCCGGGCGGCGCAAGUCGUCCGUGAGGCCGGCUUCGACGUCCUCGAUAUUUCAUUCCACAUGAGACAUUCCAGCUAUCAGGUGUUCCGAAUGUCAGUUUUUCCAUUUUGUUCCAUGCUCAAUUAUGCUUUUUUAGUAAAGACGGAGUUCACUGGAAUGUCGUUGCCACUCGAUUCAUGAACCAGCUCCUUCUCGGCCAUCUCGCGUGUGCGUGGCGUAUCGAACGAGUAGUGCAGAAGAAAUGGAAAGCGAGCAUUACACAAAAGACGUGAGAAUUCGUUCAUCUCCUUUAUUCUAAACGCUUUUCCAGAUAUAGAGAAACUAGAUCGCAGAUAUUUAAAUGUGCUCUCGAUUUUCUGAAGAACAUGAACAAAAAAAAGCAUAUUAAUGAACGAACCCAGGCACGUUUUGCAUUAACUCUGUGAUGCCAUAACUUUCUGAUUCAUUUCAGCAGCAUGUUCGUGUUAUUAGCCUUGAAAAUUUCAAUCGGUGCAAUCCAAUGGGAAUGUCAGCCACACAGUUUAUGGAAUCGAUGCGAGUGCUUUUAAUGUUCUACAAGUAUCAGCAGCAACACAGCGACAAGUCCGUCUCUCUGGCGAAGGCAUUCGGAGUGGGUCAGCUGCCCCCUGAGUUGUCCAGAUAUUCGCAGGAAGACAUCGUGAAGAUCGGCAAAAUGGUAUGUGAGCCUUUUGUUUGCUGUGUUAUCCAUUUUUUUUCAGAUACAUGAAGUCACGAGUACCUGGAGAGACCGUUUGCCGCCGACCCGAAUGGGUCAUAGACACAAGCGGAAACUGGAGAGAAGAGCUCUUCUGCCCACCCCGAGUGCUCCGCCUGGUAUUUCAUUCUCGCGAAAUGAGCCGCACAAGGUAUGUCACUUCGUCUUUCUUCAACAAUAGUUAUUCUUCCAUUUAAGAGCAUUGCGCCGGCUGAGAGGAGAUAUCAGGACCACAGACCUCACAGCAGAAAGAAGCCUCGUUACGAAUCUUACUUGCCGUACUCUCCCUAA